AUGGUCUGGUCGACUAACCUGGCGAAUCAACAGGGUGGUGAGCAAUGGCGCAAGCAAGUCAGUCGAGUCGCCAUUGACACCGGCGAUUCGGGGGUUUUUGUGACUUGCGACAUGGGCAGAGAAGGGAAAUGCAUGGCUGAGGCAGUGGAUGUGUUCUCUCAGAGUAUCGAGUCAGGUCAGCCUGAAGAUAAAGAAGAAGACGCCGACUCGGAUGAUGGCGACAUUGAGGCGCAAAUCCGCAAAGAACUCGAGGGCCUGAACCCUAGCAAAGAAAAAUCCCGUCCGAUCCAAGCCGUUCGCAUGGAGAUGCCAUGUGUGACAUUUGUACGACUCGACAAAUCCAUAGAGCCCGUGCAGCUGGUCCACCGUUUGUGUUCCGAAGCACAGGCCCAUCCAGAGACCAAGCGGAGCCGAUGGAUCAAACGCAUGACCCCGGUCACCUCCAUCCGAAAGACUCUGAGUGUAGAUCUAGGAGCCUUUGCCCGAGAGAUCCUCCAGCCGCACUUCCAUUCUGGGGGGCCACCGAAAAAGUAUGCGAUCCGACCUACAGUACGCAGCAAUGAGAAAUUCAACCGGGAUGUCAUCAUCAAGGCGGUGGCCGAUGUAGUUGGCCCUGAGCACCCAGUGGACUUGAAGAAUUACGAUCUUAUCAUCCUGGUCGAUGUCAUCCAGAAUGUUAUCGGCAUGAGUGUGGUGGGCAGCGAUUAUGAUCAACUUAAGCGGUUCAACUUGGCCGAGAUCUACGAGCCAACGCCGAAGCCUCAGCCCAAGGAUUCUAAGUCAUAG